UGAUCAGUCUGGGUGUACUUUGGCCUCUGCCUGCUUCCUAGCAGCUGCGCUCUUAUCAGGCCAGGUGCUCAGUGCACCGUACUCCUACUUCUAAUAAUGUUGUAGCUUCUGCUCCCACCCCUAAAGCCCUCUGGCUCUCUCUUGACCUCUUCUCUCUUGGGCAAGCCAGUGGGCUCCAUCAGAGGUGUAGAGGACACGGGCCCUGCCCUGCCCAGAAGGGCAGCUUUUGGAAAAGAUGGCUGGAGGGGAGGACAGGAAUGUGAAAGCCCUAAAGGAUGUGUGGAAAAGACCUGAAAACGCCUUGUGUGCAGACUGUGGGAAGCCAGAUCCUGACUGGGCAUCCUAUACUUUGGGUGUCUUCAUCUGCCUUAGCUGCUCAGGGAUCCACCGUAACAUCCCUAGCAUCAGCAAAGUCAAAUCACUGAGGAUGGACCACUGGGAGGUGGCCCAGGUGCAGUUCCUGGCACAGCAUGGGAAUGGAGCGGGUAAAGCCACAUAUGAGGCUCACAUCCCCAUUUACUAUUACCAGCCAAUCUAUGCUGACUGCCAAGUGCUGAGAGAGCAGUGGAUACGGUCCAAAUAUGAACGGAAGGACUUCACUGAGCCAGGGAGAUAUGUACUGUAUUCUGAUGGGGUGAAGGAAGGGACCUUGUGGAAACGGGGCCGGGAUAAUUGUCAGUUUCUACCCCGCAAGUUCAUCUUGUCUGAGAAAGAAGGGUGUCUCAAGUACUUCACCAAACAAGAUGCAAAGGAGCCCAAAAUAAAUAUUAAGAUUGAUGUGAUCAAUGCCACAUUCCAGCCAGCGAAGGUUGGGAAUCCCAAUGGCCUCCAGAUCACCUACCUCAAGGACAACAAGACCCGUAAUAUAUUUGUCUACCAUGAAAAUGGAAAGGAAAUAGUGGACUGGUUCAAUGCCAUUCGCUCAGUGCAGUUUCAUUAUCUGAAGGUGGCUUUUCCCAUGGCCAGUGAUAAUGAGAUCAAAAGCCGACUGAUGCGGAAUUUCCUGAAGGAGGGAUACAUGGAGAAGACUGGUCCUAAGCAGAAAGAGGCCUUUAAGAAGCGCUGGUUCACACUGGAUCACCGAAGACUCAUGUACUUCAAAGAUCCAUUGGAUGCGUUUGCUAAAGGUGAGGUGUUUGUGGGCAGUGGGGAGAAUGGCUAUAGCGUCAAGCCAGGGCUGCCAGCAAGUAUGCAAGGCAACUUCUCUUGGCCAUAUGGCCUCACCAUUGUCACCCCUGAUCGGGACUACCUCUUCACCUGUGAGACAGAGAGCGAGCAGCAGGAAUGGAUUGCGGCCUUCAGGCAGGUCAUUGAAUUGCCCAUGACACCCCAGGAAUAUGCAAUUGAAGCCUACUUCAAGGUCAGAUCCUAGGGACCCUCAUGAGCACCUGACUGUGACUCUCCUCUGCCUGAUCUCUUGGGGAAGAGGACAGGGGAAAGAGAAGAGAAGCUCUGCACAUGAGAAGAUAGAUGCCUCCGAUACCUCACAGUUUACAGAAGUUUUACUUAUAUAGAUGAACCAAUUUCCCUCUGCAGGGGAGGUCUAAUUAGGCUGCAUUCUUUUAAAUGGACAACUGUGUGGGAUGGAGCAUUCAAAACAGCCAGACACUGAGACCUAUUGUUCCUAGGGAAUAUUGUGACCCAGUUGGACACUGUAUGGCGUCAGCCAGUCAGGUUGAAGUUUUGCUCACUAGCAGUGGCGAAGAUGGCUGUUGUCAUAAAUGUCCAUCAUCACUCCCACAGGGAAGGGAAUAUCACCAAGUAAAUGGAGAGUGUCCAGUAUUCAACUCAGUGGACACAAUGCUGGGAGCAGCAUAGUUCUAGAGGGAACAUAAAUUAGUCUGAAAGUGAUUAUAAUGUCACAAGGAAACAGCGUCUCUGCUUAUGGAGAAUUGAUCUUUUUGUCUGGAAUUAUAAAGCUAUUUCAUAUUUUAUAACCAUAAACCAAGGAGGGACACUUAAAGAAUUAGUUUUACAGCCAAGGUUGGCAUCUGUUUAUUUCUAUGAAUCAAGCUAGCUGCACACAAUCAAUCAGUCUCAAUAGCUGUAACUUUAUCAAGUCAUAUAUUUAUGGUAGACCUUUCUCCAAAAUGUAUUGAGAAGAUUCAAGAUCUGCUAAUACACGCACACACACACAUGUAUAUAUAAAAAAGGGAAAUCAUUGGUAUCAGUCUAGGGAAGAAACUGGCACUACUGAUGCUACGACAGAGGCUGUCUUCUUUCUAAGCUGUGUAAUUUAAACUUGCUGAACAAGAAUAAUGUACAAAAUAAGCAUAUUUGAUCAUAUCCUCCCACUGAUGGCUGGUCCCAACAGCUAUAACAGCUUGCCACCUACAGUCACAGAACAUUUCUUUCAGUAACGGGUUCAUGUUUUGGGUGCUAGAACCUUGGCUGAUGACUGAUGUCUGAUGUGCCUGUGGUUUGCAGUGCAAGCAACAUGCGAAUGCAUAUUUAGUCUAUUAACAGGAACUAUAAGGAGUUUAUGAUGCAACUGGUAAUAAGCUCAUAAAGAAAUACAUUAAAAAAUCUCAUUAUGGUUUAUCGUUUGUUAA